ACCUGACACUGUACAGACACCACAAAGAGCAAGAGGGAGAGGAAAAGAGAGCCGGAGAGGGAGACAAAGUCAGAGGCAUAAGCAGGAAUCUGGCAGCAAGCUUUUCGGAGAAGUGAUUGCUGCCAGUGACCCCCUCUACCACCCGUUCGCCUUUGCCUCUCUGCUCUUUUCUCCUCUUUUACUUCUCCUUCUCUGCACAAACGUCUCUCUUACUAAUAGCUUAUCCCAUCCUCACCUCUCUGCUCUCCCUCCAUCUCUUCCUCUGUCACCCCUCCACCCCCUCCUUUGCGGGCAGUGUGAGAGGAGAGCGCGUCUCCCAUGCUGAGGAGUGCAACUCCCACACAGUGACAGACAGAAGGACAGCCAGAGGUCCCGUGGCACUCCCCAUCACUCUUUUUCUCUCUCCCGCCGCCCUCCUUUCCCUGCUUCUGCACGGGCGGAUCCGGCCCCUGGCCCGGGAAGCCGAGGCGUUUGGAGUUUUGCACCCAGCACGGGAGUCUCCGUAUCCUGCCACGGCCAGAGGGAUUCCAGCUACAUGGGCAAACGCUUGGAACAACAACCAAUGUACCCCCAGUACACCUACUAUUACCCUCACUAUCUCCAGACCAAGCAGUCAUAUGCCCCACCCCCACCUCCCAUGGCUCCGCCCAGCCCCAGCACCAACAGCAGCAGCCACAGUGCAGCGGAGCAGCUCAGCAAAACCAACCUCUACAUCCGGGGCCUCCCACCUGGCACUACAGACCAGGACCUCAUCAAACUCUGUCAACCGUAUGGAAAAAUAGUGUCAACAAAGGCAAUCCUUGACAAAAACACCAAUCAGUGCAAAGGCUAUGGGUUUGUGGAUUUCGACAGUCCUGCAGCAGCGCAGAAAGCAGUGGCCUCUCUGAAGGCCAGUGGAGUUCAGGCCCAGAUGGCCAAGCAACAGGAGCAGGACCCAACUAACCUAUACAUCUCCAACCUGCCUGUGUCCAUGGAUGAGCAGGAGCUGGAGAACAUGCUCAAGCCCUUUGGUCAUGUGAUCUCCACACGGAUACUCCGCGAUGCCAGCGGCGUCAGCCGAGGGGUCGGUUUUGCCAGAAUGGAGUCCACUGAGAAGUGUGAUGUGGUGAUUCAGCAUUUCAAUGGCAAGUUUCUCAAAACCCCACCAGGAGUGCCAGCCCCCACAGAGCCACUGCUGUGCAAGUUUGCAGAUGGCGGACAGAAGAAGAGGCAGAGCCAGAGCAAGUAUCCCCAGAACGGGAGGCCGUGGCCCAGGGAGGGAGAGAGUGGCAUGGCGUUACCCUAUGACCCUGCUGCAAUGCAGAAUGGGUUCUACUCCUCACCAUACAUCUCCACUAACCGCAUGAUUGCUCAGACAUCAAUCACACCAUUCAUCGCCGCCUCUCCUGUCUCCACGUAUCAGGUGCAGAGUACGUCCUGGAUGCCUCACCAACAGUACGUUAUGCAACCUACUGGUGCUGUGAUCACGCCAGCCAUGGACCACACCAUCUCCAUGCAGCCAGCAAACAUGAUGGGGCCCCUCACCCAGCAGAUGAACCACCUGUCCCUAGGCACCAGUGGCACUUACAUGCCAGCGGCAGCGGCAGCGGCUCCUAUGCAGGGAACCUACAUUCCCCAGUACGCUGCAGUGCCUGCCUCAGCCAUCUCAGUGGAGGGUGUGGUGACUGAGGCAUCCCCACAGAGCGUGGCGCCCUCUUCCCAGGACGGCAGUGUACAGCAGCCGCAACAGCCCCUGUGUGUGGACGGCACCAGCGAUCACGCGGCCACCUACUCCUACCAGCCUGCUAAAUAACAAGAGAAGGGGAGAGCAGGAGGAGGGCUGUGUGGGGGCUGUGCUGCCUGGACACUGGGAACUGGGAUGGGGACAUGGAGGACACCAGGAAAGGCUGUGCAGAAAACGUUUGGCUUCACCUUCGCACAAGCACCAAACAAAAAAGAGAAUUUAUCAGACCCCUGAGCAGAACAAGAGGAACUUUAGACCCUACAUCAUGGUCAGAGAGGAGAGUGAUAUGCAGUCUUGGAGUUUAAGCUAAAUGGCUAUUGACAACUUUACAAGACUUUUCCUUCGUGAAGUGAUGAAUUUCAAACAAGUACAAAGUUUUCCAGUUCUUUUCUGAAUGUGCAGGUGGGUUUUCAGCUGUGGUGAGUUUUCUAUUAGAUGAGGAAGCAUGUUUGUGUGUGUGUGAGAGAGAGAAAGAGACAGCGAGAGAGAGAGAGAGAGAGAGAGAGGGUGAGAGAGAAAGAGAAAAAGAAGUCUUCCUCAGAUUUGAAGCUACUUUUCAUUUUUUUUAUGAGUUAUAUUUUAGUUUUCUAGAGAAUAUCAAUGUUUUAUCAUCUUUGUUGCCUUAAUUUUGAGAAAUGUCCAAGACUUUUCCCAGUUGAACAUCUUAUUGAGAAGAAAAGAACACUAUAAGGAUGGACAAAAGGCCUGAGACAGAAGGGAUGCCUAGGAUUCCACCUGUCUAGACAAGCCAAAACGGUCUUGUGAAGACAAUUGGAAUUAGCGGAGGCGAUCCUGUGUUUAAAAGAAAGGACAGUCAAAAUAUAGUGGUGUGUUUAAAGAGAUUUUUUUUUAGAAAAAAAAAAAUGUUAAACCACUGCAUCCUGGGAAAUGCAGUUUAUUGUGUAGUGCAGAUAAUUUUUAAUGGCAUUAUUGUUUUUAUCUGCAAUAUUUUUUAUGAGCUUUAAGGUGUUUUCAGCCUGCUUUGCUUGUUUAAUUGCGGAAAAAGAAGAAAAAAAAGAUCAAAAACUAAAACCAUAAAAAAAAAAAAAAAUAUUGGCAGUGCAAAAGUACGUAGAUAGGAGCUUUGGAAUUAAAAUAAAGCAAAUGUGUGCAAAAGCAAUAGUAAUAGGAAAUUGUUGACAAUUUCUUUAGUCUUUCUUAGCUGUGGAUCAAAUGCAGCCCAUGGAUGGCAUAUUUUAAACCAAAGACGAAGAAACCCCUUACAGACAGUGGAGUAAAUCAAUUUUUUUUCUAUCUGAUAUUUUUUGGCCUUGUUGCUCUAGUCUCUGUGUCUCAGAAGUAUUUGUUUGACCUUGAUGAUCAAAUGGGUACUUAAAAUGGGGAUGGGGGCGGGGUUAUAGGUUUAAACUUCCUUCCACUGCUGCAGCUUUUCUGUCAAUCAUUCAGACUUAGAAGAAGAGAGAGCAUGUGUUGUAUUGGGUGUAGUGCCUCCCCAGCAGAUGGCAUCAGAGAAACAGCAGAAGGAAUUUUCUCUCUCUCAGCUGAGCACGCUGUACAGCACUGUUACAGCACCCCCCGGGUCACUGACUCAAGGUCUAUUCAGUGUUACAUAUUCUGCAUGGGUCCUCUGACAAACUUGUGUUAAGGAAAUCUCAUAUCCCAGUGUUGCUAACAUGUCAUUCCUUUUGCCAAAGUAGGAAUUCAUCCAAGUCAAAGAAAUUCCUCAAACUUGUGUGUAUUUAAACUCUCUGCAGUUAGCUACCUCAAUUUAAGGCAGUUCCACCAAGAGGAAACAGGAAGCUAAUGAGGUUAUGUAUCACCUUCUGGUUGUGAACUACCUGAAAGGUUGUGAGUUGAUGCUUUGGGACCAGUGGGAAAAGCUAUGCUAUGCUCAUGUAACAUGGUAGAUGUUAAACGAAUACUUAAAUGCUCUACUUUAUUCCACUAUAAAAUAACUUCAUGUUCACAUUGGUUGAAACCCUCCAACUGAGAAAGUUUGUUUGAGUGACAUAACGAACUCACCUUGUGAAGGUGGCAUAUAAGGUUAUCUGUCAAUACUGGACAGGUUGGUCUCUCCCGUGCCUUCUUGCAAAAGGACAAAGAGCUAAAGCUCCAAACCAGAGAGAGACAAACUAAACUUAAAUAUAGUUUAGGCCAUCCAUCUCAGAUCUCAUCAUUUUUGGCAAGCCAGUUCACAAGAAGGUGAUGUAGAAAGUAAGAGUCAGUUUAGGAAAAAUGACUUUCGUUUGAGAAUAAAGAAAGAGUUUCGCUGCUGUUCUUAAUCUGCCAUGGCAUAGAUCAUUAGUUUUUGGCCAGAUGAUUUGAUAACACUAAUUCAUCAUGGAGCUUAAAUACACAUGGUGACAGUCAGCUCUGGUGGUGUUCUUUAUCCUACACAUUCUCCAUUUAGAGUUUCACAAUCGAUGUUAUUUUGUAGGUUCUUCUAAAGUACCCUUUUUAGAUCCCAUAAAUCUUCAUUACAAUAAGGAAACACUUUUUUUUUAUUCUUGUUCCUUGUGAAUUAAAAGGAAGCCAUUUCAGUUUGCUGAAUAUUAAAAUCCAGAGCCAGAGAUUUUUACUAGACUCACUCAGUGCUUGAUGUUCAUCUGUGUGCGCGGUGUCCAUGUUGUUUCUGGAACUUCAUCUCUCGUCAUCUCUUCACAGAGGGGACCUCUGGGUGCUAACCAAUUUGUUCCACAGCAUGCACUAGGUACCAUCCUAUACAAGUGAGUGAUGAUCAGUUAGCCACUAGGGGUCAGUGUAACAGCAAUGCUGGUGAUUUGUAGUGACAAGAGUCUUCUGUGUAUUCCUUUUUUGAUGUUGCUAAAGCAAACUGCUAGCUGCUGAAUGAGAGAUGAUAGAAUAGAAUUAGAAUUUUAUUACUAUGGAUAAAACAUUCUUGCAAUGGCCUAAUUAUGCUAUUUGGUGGUGGGGUGGGGGUAGAGGUGGGCUUGAGUAGAAUGUGUGUUGUCUUCUGGAAGAAGAGUAAUGAAUUUCAGUUUGUCUCUGCCAUGCGUUUUGACAAGGACGAUGUGUAGGCUACAUUGCAGCUAAUCUGUCCAGUCAGUGUCAAGACUGAAUAGCUCUGUUACAAUAUGGAGCGCAAGUUAGAUACAUUUUCAUUUCCCUUGGCUAAAAAGAAAACACAUAUUUAUAUCUGUUCGUUCUACUACCUUUCUGGAGAGUUCAUUUUAUCUUGUAAUUGCUGCUAUCAAGCCUUCUUUAUUGGAGGGCCACAGUAGCAGAUGGGAAUUGAUUAAAUGACUGCUGCUUUUUAAACAAUCACGAGGACCACAGUCUUAGCAGUGGUGAUUCACACGUACACCUUUCAGAUCACAUCCGUCCAGCGUAAAGCAUCCAAAUGCCCCCUGUCUUAUAGAAAAUAUAGAUGUGACAGAUAUUGAGUGAGAUGCCCUAAGCUGUAGAACAGUUCUCAUUCUACUUGGUUUGCUGCAGUCUACAUUAGGUAAGCCAUGCUCUUCCCUUCCUAAUGGGGUUUUCACACUGUAAAAUCCAACAGUAAGCCAACUUAAAAUAAUAAUAUAUAAGUAAAAUAAUUUUUCACUUGUUUGAAAACUACAAAUUCAUUUCUACUAAAUUUAAAUUUAAAUGAUGCCCAAGAAAAUUACAGACUGUUCUGGAACUGUUUUGAAUUCUUCAUAUAAUGUGAACAGGUAAAUAGACUCCAAAUGUAUAUUUGACACCUGACUUACUUAUGUGACAGACGGUUUUCUAACACUUCAGGACAGUUUCCCAGGUAAGGAUUAAGCCUGUUCUUGGUCAAAAGUGUAGUGCCAAUGCUAAUUCAUUAUUUAUAGCCUAGGUUUGGUUUUGUCCAUGUCAGGGAAUCUGGCAACUUGCAUUAUUUGAGUAAGCUUAUUGCUGGGUUUUACAAUGAACACUGAAACACUUCCUUCUUUUCUAACACGACCCAUUAUUUUAUUAGCCAUUGACAUCAAGUCUUCAGCUCUAAUUGGGUGUCCGAGAUAAUCAUCAAUUUAGAAUGUUCAUUGACCUAUCAAGACCUCUGGUUUUAGCAAGGGGAGGGUCAUGUAGCGUCAGUAUGGAAAAUAAUUUACUAUGUUCUACCAAAUUCAGCCAAAACAGCAAAACCUCUAUAAGAAAUUAACUUAUUGACAGAGGAAAUAGAAGACUAUUUAUGGAAUUCUUUUUAUUUGUAGAAGAGUUGUGGAGAGACUUCUCGAGCAGUUCUCAGAUGCAGUUCUUUGUUUUGCUGCACACUCAUGCCUCCCAUGUGUUCGAGUCGUGAUCCUGAGAGUUUCUGUAAAUCAGUGGAUGUUGAGUUAACAUUUCUGUUUAUUAUUUUUCUUUCAAUGAAGCUUUCAAUAAAAAAAGUUAAAAUCUCA